AUGGCGUCCACCGCCGCGCUCGGCGCGCACCCGCGCAGCCCUCUCGCCGCGAAGGUGGACGUGGAGGAGUUCAAGGCGGGGAAGCUGAAGAAGGUCACGUUCAAGUACGGGUUCCCGCAGUAUGCCAAGCCCGCGGCCGCGGCGUCGAAGCAGCUGGGCUUCAAGGUGGGCGUCGAGCACGAGACGGUGGUGCUGACGCGAGGGAAAGACGGCUCCGAUCAGUACGCCGUCGUCGUGAACGUGCCGUACCUGAAGCAGGCCGCGGCGAACGCGGUGAAGUACGGCUGGAAGAAGGAGAAGCAGAGCGCGGGGGUGCAGAAGUACAUGCCGCGGUAA